GAACGCGCUGGGCGGGACUUCUGGCGCGACCGCAGGGGCGGGCGUUUUGGGGUACUUGGGGGCCGUUCUCUCUGAUCAGAGGUUCGGGGAGGCUACCAGGGGCUGGGGUGGCGGGAGCCGGGAGCCGCGAGAGGAGGCUGGUCUGAGGUACGGCAGCGGCGAGGGAUCGGGGUCGCGCGGGCUGGUCCUCCUCCCGGUGUUCGCCCACAGAGUCUGAUGGCAGCGGCCGCGCGGAGGGACCUGGCUCAGGUAGGCGCUGACACCGGACUCGCCCCGCGCAAGCUGAGCCCCGAGGGAGCGGCCCCCCGGGUCCGGGACGGUGAGGCGCUCGUGUCCGCGGCCGCAUUUCUGUCGGUUCCUGUUGCUGCAGAUUUGCUUCCAAACCAUGCAGAGGAUCACGUGACCUUUGAGGAUGUGGCUGUCCACUUCUCUUGGGAGGAGUGGGGGCUCCUUGAUGAAGCCCAGAGACUCCUGUACCGUGAUGUGAUGCUGGAGAACUUUGCACUGAUGGCCUCUCUGGGACUUGCAUCUUCCAGCACUCAUGCAAUCACCCAGUUGGAGUGGUGGAGAGAACCCUUUGUGCCUCCCUGUGCAGUCCUGACUGCAGCCACGCCGAGAGGUUGGCACCAUAGAGCGGAAGCUGAGGAAGCCCCUCGGGAGCAGAGUGUUUAUAUAGAAGGGGUGCUCAGAGCAAAACUUCAACGCCAGAGGCUGCACUGUGGAGAGAAACCUCUGAGAACAGAAGAGAGUGUGGAGGGUGGAACGGACUUCCCAGUUAGUUCUGGUUUUCUCAACCAUCAGGUGACCCGUGGUGGAGGGGAGCCACAAGGGAGCACCAAAAGUGGGGAGGCCUUUCACCCUGGGAAAAGGCAUUACAAAUGCAGCGAAUGUGGGAAAGCCUUUGGUCAGAAAUACUUACUUGUUCAGCACCAGAGACUACACACUGGAGAAAAGCCUUAUGAAUGCAGCGAAUGUGGGAAAUUAUUUAGCCAUAAAUCAAACCUUUUUAUACAUCAAAUAGUUCACACUGGAGAAAGGCCUUAUGGGUGUAGUGAAUGUGGGAAAUCCUUUAGCCGCAAUGCUGACCUCAUUCAACACCAGAGGGUUCACACUGGAGAAAAGCCUUUUACAUGCAGUGAAUGUGGGAAAGCCUUCAGGCAUAAUUCCACACUUGUUCAGCAUCAUAGGAUUCACACUGGAGUGAGGCCUUAUGAGUGCAGUGAAUGUGGGAAAUUUUUUAGCUUUAACUCAAGCCUCAUGAAACAUCAGAGAGUUCACACUGGAGAAAGACCUUAUAAGUGCAGUGAAUGUGGGAAAUUCUAUAGCCACAAGUCAAGCCUUAUUAAUCACUGGAGAGUUCACACUGGAGAAAGGCCUUAUGAGUGCAGUGAAUGUGGGAAGUUUUUUAGCCAAAGCUCUAGCCUCAUGCAACAUCGGAAAGUUCACACUGGAGAAAAGCCUUUUAAGUGCAAUGAAUGUGGAAGAUUCUUCAGCGAGAAUUCUAGCCUUGUUAAACAUCAGAGGGUUCACACUGGAGCAAGACCUUAUGAGUGCAGGGAAUGUGGGAAAUUUUUUCGCCACAGCUCCAGCCUUGUUAAACAUCGGAGGAUUCACACUGGAGAAAUGCCUUAUGAGUGCAGCAAUUGUGGGAAAUCAUUUAGCCAGCGUUUCAACCUCCUCCAACACCAGAAAGUUCAUGGUGGAGAAAAGUCUUGAAUACAGCUCAUAUGGACAAGCCUUUAACCAGAGGUCAGCUCUGAUUCAGCAAGAGAAACUUUACAGUCCAGAUAAGUCUAAUGUAUAC